AUGGCGGCAAGGAAUUUCCCCAUCGUCAUGAUCGCCCAGCUUCUUCUGCCAACUUGCGGUCGGGAGAGUGUGGCCAACAGCACGGCGUCUGACGUGCAUCUGAUCCAGACCCAUGUCUUCGACCACGGCUCCCGCAUGCCAGCGCGCGGAUUGCCUGGUUGUGUUGAUAACGAUACAGGCGCCGUCCACCUUGCAAGAGAUCAUGCACGUGUGGAUGACGUCAGUGGUUGCUCGGAUGUCGGGCCGUACUGUGCGGACUCGAACUUGUCGAGCCAAGUUCUGGCAGUGUGCUGCGCCACGUGCACCGAGGGGCCCGAUCCAGAGCCGGACGCGGUGCAUUGCCAAGAUCAUUCUGAUUGCCAGGAUCAGGAAUUCUGCUACGAUGGUACGUGCGACAGCUGCAGCCAGUGCCAAUUCUGCUCCGAUGCUGCUUACGUCGACGAGUGUGGGCACUGCGGGCCAGGGUUCCCCUUGCAUGAGGUAACCCCUUGUCACUCCCAUGAGUACGUGGUCACCAAAGGGGCGCUUACGGUCAUACACGCGUGGAAAAAUCUGUCUUCAGAUGAGCAGCUGCUCUUUCUCGAGAAAAAGUUUGGCGAGCUCGACAAGGAUCAGUCUUCGACCCUUGACGUGGACGAGCUAGUGGGAAACCUGAUCGGACAGGACCUCGUCGCGAUCGAAGUAGCCAACGGCACGCUCAACGCACCUUUCGACAGCGUGUUACUUCCCAGGGCUUCGGUACAAGAGUUUGUGACGAAGCACAGCGCCCGUGGGAAUGCGUUCCUGACCCUCGACGAGUGGCUCGCCACAACUUCUCAGCCUGCACAACGAGCUGCAUCCCAGAAGGCGUUGCGUGGACCCUCGUGCACCUUCGAAAGCAUUUUCUCACUUCCCAGCACGUGCUCGGAAACACAAUGGGUAGACAAUUGUGGGAACAGUUGCAGCAACAGUUGUUCCAGUUGCCCGAGGUUGGCGCAUACCAAUUCGAGCUCUGUUGCACGAGUUUCCCGAGAUUCGAGCUCUGUUGCGCGAACGUCCCAAGAGCUUGAAUUCUGGGGCGGGAGGCGUCGGCGUCGUUGGUGGAGCGUCGUCGAGGAUGUGGUAGACACGGUCGUCGAUGUGGUUGUUUGCACUGUGAGUUGUGUCACCAAUUGCGUGUGGUCAUGUUUCACCGAAGCAGUGGAGUAUGUGUACACAUGCGUGGUCGACACUGUAGUAAAUGUGCUCAUGAGUUUCGGAGAGUGUCUGUCAGCUGUGGUGGACGCCGUCAACGAUGCGGUUGGAAACAUGUGCGGUUUCGAUCUCAUCCCCACAAGCUGUUCCGGCGUUUGGGAUUGCGUUUCGGAGGGGGCGAGCAACGCUCUCUCAUUCUUGGAAUGCGGAUUCUCGUUACUGUUGGACGUGCUCGAGAACAUGGUCAUGGCAAACCUUCGCUGUCUGCCGAACAUCGCCGACGGCAUCAGGGCGGCUCUAUUUCCCCCGGAAGCGAUAAUUGCUACUACGGUUUUCGAGGCUUUGUGGGAUUUCGGAGAGAGGGUCGUGAAUGGGAUCUACUCAGAAGCAGCGGCCGUGAGCAUCGACUUCUGUUGGAACUCAGCUCCCACCGCCGAAUUCACUGACUGCGGCGCCUUCGAUUUCGUCAGCAGCAUGACUAUUUGGGACGUGCUUGACGUGUUCGGGAUGGCCCAGCGUUUCGCGGAUACCGUUGCGAAGUUCACGAAUUGCCUUACGAAGACGACAAGCCUCCCGGGGCUUAGUUUCGGCAUCCCCACUCCUUUCCUGAACGUUGAUUGGACAGGCGGCUCGUGGUGUGCGCCAAGCUUUGUUCAAACUGCCGCCAAAGGAGUCAUUGGCGUGUUCAGGUACAUCUCUUCAGGACGGAUGCUCGAUGACCUCAUCAUUGUAGGUGACAACCUCCUCACCAAUCUUCAGACGAGGUUGGAAGCAGUGUUCUGUGAUGAAGGCGACUUUACCAUCACAUUGGGCGUCGACCUCCAGUUCGGAUACGCAGUCCUUGGAAUCAAGGCCCAGGCUGGAUGUCUCAAUGGAAGAUUCGCGGCCAAGAUUGUCGGUUUUGCUACGGGUAGAAUUUCCAUCUUCGGUUCGCCGUACACGUGGACGCCAAGUGCCUCUGCGUUCUUCAGUAUCGGUUGUACGGCGGGGCCCUCCAGCACGGAGUGGUCGUAUUGGGAGUCGUCUCUGAACGGCAUCCUGGCGUUCGAUAUUUUCUCGGGGACGGUUUCUUUGCCCCUCUAUCCACAGCCGAAGCUCGAGUUUGGCUACUCGUUCUCGCUCAAACUCUGGCCUCAACCAGCUCCUCCCCCUCGCCUGUCGGAGGGGGAGUUCAACAAGACAUCGCUGCUGCCGGCGCUGCGCCUCCUCUCUGGGGCUACGUCCGACCCCAGCUUUGGCGAAGACGUCAAGAGCAAGUUCCCAGACCCCAAGCCGAUCCUCGAGGGCGCCCGCAACGGCUCGCUGGAAAGGUCCAGCAUGAACAGGAGUGCCGGUGACCUUGCCGGCAGGAUCGCCAUCUCCGUCACGAAGAACUUCUGUUUUACUUGCGACGAUUUCGGAUCGGAGCCUGCCUGGGUCACGGGACUCUCCAACAUGGCUCAGAAGUUCAACUGCGCUGUGGGCCAGGCGAUGCAGGGAGCCUCCUGGGGUGCGGUGAGCCUCGCCCAGUGUUUCGCCCUUGUGACACAGUGGGAGGCGGCCGGGAAUUAUUGUGAGUACUUGUAUUCCGACUCGCCGAACGACGGCUCCGGCAUCCCGGGGACCACUUGCGCCUGUAUGCCGGCCAAUGCGAUGUCUUCCGGGGCGUGCUCCGCAGCGGUUGGAACCAGAGCCAGCCAGGGGUCUGCGCAGUUCGUGACCUACCGGCAUCAGAUGCUGACUUGCGAGACUGGGAGCGGAGCGGCCUGCAAGACUUGUGUCACGCCGCAGGACCGAGUGGUGAGAGACCAGUGUGAGACCUGCAACGACGGGCACAUGUUGCUCGGCUAUGUGUGCUCGGCCUUCACGCCGUCUCCGACGCCAAGCCCGACGACGUAUCCGACGCCAAGCCCGACGCCGUAUCCGACGCGAAGCCCGACGCCGCAGCCGACGCCAAGCCCGACGCCAAGCCCGACGCCUCUGCCACCCGGCGCCACGCAUUCUCCGACGCCAAGCCCGACGCCAAGCCCGACGUCGUUUCCGACACAGUAUCCGACGAGAAGCCCGACUUCGUAUCCGACGCCGUACCCGACGCCGUAUCCGACGCCAGACCCGACCCCCCAUCCGACGCCGGCUUUGGCGGAUUCAUGGGUGCAGCUGUUGGACAACUUCGAAUAUUACGGCGUCGCUCUGCCCUCAUAUGUUACACCUAUGGCAUAUGGUUCGUUCACACAGCUGCGAGCAACUUACGUUGGCGGAUCCGGCAUCUGGUGCGAUACGAGGAGAUCGGGAGGCACAGUGUGGCAACAGUGCUGCUGUGGUUACACUGGGUCCUUCGAAUUCAUGAAGAAUGGAGGGUACAUCGUGUCACAAAGCCAGUGGGGCACGUUGCCGUCCCAGUGCUCAGUGUCUGGGUACACGAUCACUUGCAAUAUCAAUUUUGCGCUGUCUAGCGGCGAUCUGAUCCUCGCCACUUGGAUGGAGCCUUCCCGGGGAGUGUCGCUUGCUGACAAUGGUGGCAGCAUCGUGGUGGACGUGUACGGGUAUGGCGCAUCGACGUACAGUCCGACGUCCUACCCGACCCCCCGCCCAACGUCCUUCCCGACGGCCUACCCGACGCCAGACCCGACGCUCUAUCCGACGCCAGGUCCGACGCCCUAUCCGACGAAGUAUCCAACGCCAAACCCGACGCACAGCCCGACUCCAAGCCCGACGUUAUACCCGACGCCGUUUCCAACGCCAAGCCCGACGGAGAGCCCGACGGCGAGCCCGACGCCGAGCCCGACGGCGAGCCCGACGGCAACCCCGACGGCAACCCCGACUGCAUAUCCAACGCCAAGUCCGACGCCAAGCCCAACGCCAUUCCCAACGCCGAUCCCGACAUCUGCACCCACCUACCCCCCGCUGGGGGAUCUUGCAUCAUCGGGCACGUGCAGCUGCUCCAGCCCCCCCUGCGGCUGCAACUGCUGGGACUGCACACAAGAGCGUCAAGCUGCUGGCUGUUGCAGCUGCGGGACUGCUUCGAGUUGCGGUUAUGCAGACAUAGUUUCUUCCGUGUGCGACGGUUGCAAUGGUUGUUGGCGCAAUGGCAAGUGUGGUUGCAGCACAGAUUCGGCUACUUGGCCCUACUACGAGGUGUUCGGUCUCACUUGCUCGAGUGAUAGAGGCAGCUACCUGCCCUACCACUACAUGUCACCGACGCCAGAUCCAACGCCAAGCCCGACGCCAAGCCCGACACCAUUGCCACCUGGCGUCACGCAGUCUGCGGCCCAGAGCUCGACGCCAAGCCCGACGCCAAGCCCGACGCUUUCGGAAGCGCAGAAAACAUGCGGGUGCCCGAGCCCACCUUGCGGUUGCAAUUGUUGGGAUUGCACAGAAGCGCGCAAAGCUGCUGGAUGCUGCAGCUGUGACGAUGGUUGUGGCUAUUUCGAUCUCGCGGGCUCUAAGUGCACCGAUUGCAACGGUUGCUGGCACGGCGGCCUCUGUGGUUGCAGCACAGAGAAGUCUACCUGGCUCUACUACAGGGCAUUUGGUCUCACGUGCUCGAAUGAAACGGGCACAUGGAUCGGCGGACUUGUCCAAUUACGCACGGGUCGCUGGUGA